UUUCUCCCUCCCCCGUCCCGGUCUCCUCCCUCUUUCGGUCUCGGAAUCCUUCCUCCCUCCCCUCCCCUCCGUGUCGCCCGCGCUCCGCCGGAUCGCAAUUCCGCAUCCGCCCGCCGCAGCCCCAGCCUGCCACCCAUGGCGCGGCGAUCCGCACCGCUCCUCCGCCGCCUGGUCGCCUCCGCGCCGUCCCUCCCUGGCCACGGCGGCGGCGCGCGCCGCACGGUGACCUACAUGCCCCGGCCGGGCGACGGCACCCCGCGCCCCGUCACGCUCAUCCCGGGCGACGGCAUCGGGCCCCUCGUCACAGGCGCCGUGGAGCAGGUCAUGGAGGCCAUGCACGCGCCCGUCUACUUCGAGACAUACGACGUCCACGGCGACAUGCCCGCCGUGCCGCCCGCGGUCAUCGAGUCCAUCCGCCGCAACAAGGUCUGCCUCAAGGGCGGCCUCGCCACCCCCGUCGGCGGGGGCGUCUCCUCCCUCAACAUGCAGCUCCGCAAGGAGCUCGACCUCUUCGCCUCCCUCGUCAACUGCGCCAACGUCCCCGGCCUGCCCACCAGGCACAAGAACGUCGACAUCGUCGUCAUCAGGGAGAACACCGAGGGCGAGUACUCGGGCCUCGAGCACGAGGUCGUCCCGGGGGUCGUCGAGAGCCUCAAGGUGAUCACGAAGUUUUGCUCUGAGAGGAUUGCCAAAUAUGCCUUCGAGUAUGCUUACCUUAACUACCGGAAGAAAGUCACAGCAGUGCAUAAAGCAAACAUCAUGAAACUUGCUGAUGGUUUGUUCUUGGAGUCUUGCCGUGAGAUUGCCGCUAAAUAUCCAAGUAUUGAGUAUAACGAAAUCAUUGUUGACAACUGCUGCAUGCAACUUGUUUCAAGGCCUGAGCAAUUUGAUGUUAUGGUUACGCCUAACCUUUACGGCAAUUUGGUUGCCAACACAGCUGCAGGUCUUGUUGGAGGAACAGGUGUCAUGCCAGGAGGUAAUGUGGGUCAGGAUCAUGCCAUCUUCGAGCAAGGUGCUUCUGCAGGAAAUGUGGGAAACGACAAUCUUGUAGAGCAGCAGAAAGCAAACCCUGUCGCCCUGCUCCUGUCGUCCGCGAUGAUGUUGAGGCAUUUGCAGUUCCCGUCAUUCGCUGACCGUCUGGAAACUGCGGUGAAGCGCGUCGUUGCAGAAGGCCAGUACAGAACAAAGGAUCUAGGCGGCACCAGCACCACCCAGGAAGUUACUGAUGCAGUGAUCGCUAAUCUGGAUUAGAUACCUGAUGCACCGCUGAAGGAUCGAUUCUUUUGGAGGACUGGUUUAAAAGUCCCAACUUCUGAGUGUUAUUUUUUUCGUACAGUGUUAGAUCGUCAAUUCUGUUUCAGAAAUAAUUGAGGAAUCCACGAGAAUUAUUAUUCUCACGAGACUUUGUAGCAAGGCAAACCACCUUGUGUUGCAGAGAGAAUAGCUGGCUACCUUAAAUUUAAUUGCAGAGAGAAUAGCUGGCUACCUUAAAUUUAAA